AUGUACAAACUGGCUUUGUCCUGCUUUCUUGUCAUCUCGUUCCUAAACCCGGUCCUCUCUCUCCCCGUCACUGGCUCCAGGGAGGAGGUGACCCCUCAGCUCUCAGCAGCUGAUGAAGAAGCAAGAGUAACUCUGGAUGAUCUGGAAAGAGCCUCCCUUCUGCGGCUUUUGCCAGAGAUGCUGAGUGCAGAGAGAGACGGGAGACCUGAGAAUGCAGAUUCCAGGACCAAUACUUUGAACCUAAGAGGAAGUCUGCGAAAGUUUCAGGCUUUUUCUCGGCAAGACCCUAAGGUUUUACUGAACCAUCUUUUGGCUGCAACAAGGAAACAGCACAAGAAACAUGAGACUACCUCUGAAUGCUUCUGGAAAUACUGUGUGUAA